AUGCAAUUCACUAAACAAAGGUUUUCAUUUUGUUUUUCUGGUAUAUUUUAUCCUACGGUAGUUCUUCUUGGUUCAAUAUUUUUAUGUUCACUGUUGAUAGAAAAAGCGCCGCCUAAAUCAAAUAUGGAGAUAAAAGAAGUGUUGUCUAAAGGACACAGAAGGAUAAUAACUUUUAAUCCUAAAAUUGAUUUAACUUCGCAAUUUAAUUUCAAUGUUAAAAUAAUAUUUUUAUACGCCAGGAUUAAUUAUUCAACAGGCAGUCAAGAAAUGAUAUGGUCUCGAAUUAUUAGACGAGGAGAUAAAAAGAUUAUUAAUGAAAUUUGUAGAAGUAUAUAUGAUAUACGUGGUGAAGUGGGUACUGAAGUAGAAAUUGAGUUGAGAGGAUGUAUGACUCCAUUUGUAGGACUUAUUAGAAAUUUCUCAUAUGGAUCAGUUAAGACUAUAGUAUAA